AUGCCCUUCUACACAGAGCUUGUGGCCUUGAUGCGGAAAGAUGCAACAACCAUUGCAGGUUUGCUCAUCCAUCUGCAAAGGGCAAGGCUUCAGGUUGACUACAACUUGCUUCUUUUCCGCGCUGCAGCGCUCAUCAGGCUGUUCAAGCAUCUCAUGGUUAACUACGCAGAGGAAUUUGGGCAUUCGCUGCGGCUCCUCAUCGAGCAGUUGAGACCAGCAGAGACUCGGAGCAUGGAAGCAGUCAGGAGCUUGCAGACGCUUUACGGUACGUCCGUGUUGCCCGAUCUUGUCAUCUCGCUGUACAACGCGGAGAUAGCCCGCUCACAGCACGCGUGCGAUGCUGGCACAUCGAGAGAGGCAGUGUGCGCAAGGGCAAAUGACAUCUUGCACAGACGGCUCCUGCGUGUAGAACAGCGACCCAUUCCCUCCUGCUUCUUUUUGUUUUCGGGAUGCGUGCGCACACUUCUGUUGAUGCGUCUCUUGCGGGUUCCUUCUGCGGUCUUCAGCACUGGUGCUGUGUGCCCUCGUGAGGACAACCAGAAGCGGCUAGCCAGGUUCAAGACUUUCCAUGAAGACCCAAGCAUGCUGGCUCUCUUGAAGAGAGCCUCGGUCUCUUUGCAGCUCACGCAGCACGCGACUGCCAUUGCCUGCAAGGAGUCUGGUCCGGAGCCAGCGCUAAAGCAGCUGGCAUCACAGAAAGUGGAGCAGGCAACAAGCUCCCACUUGCAGAGCAUCUUGGCCAACUUCUGCAGGGACCUAAGCCUCGAUCUGGAUGAUGUUGUUCUGACUCUCUGGAUGACACAAAGCCACAUAUGCAUCCGCUUCCAUGUCUUCACAAAGUGGCCUUACAAGAUCUGGACUUUGUCGAAGCAGUUCAAUGCGGCUGUGUAUCUCCACAGCAUGGACCAGUUCUUGCAAGAGGACGAGGCAUGGCUCUCCAAGAAGCAUUUUGACCAGACCCUCCUUGCUGACACGAACAUGGUGGACAAAGAUAAGGCAGCGGCCAUUGAGAAGUUGAUGCAGAAGGACGACUGGAGGUCCGAGGUGCAGGCUUCUCUAGUCUAG